AUGCCGUUAUAUCGUAUGUCAAGAAUUCACGCGAAAGGGCUCUGAUGUUUAGUAGCCAAAUUUUUAUGUCAUUGGAUUGAAGGUCUUUAUCUUAGCACAGCCAUUGGGAUAUAAGGUUUUUCUGGCAGUACAAAAAAGAAUUGGAUAUUGGAUACGACCUUCGAAGCCUCGUUGUGGGGAUACAAAUCUCAAGGUUCAAUCGUCUUGCGAAGAUGUCUACUAGGCGUUCUACAGAUCUUCGGAGAUAUCUAGAUAAACAAUUUAAACCCACUUUUGAUCAGUACGAUGCAGAAGGUGGUAUCCCAUUAUGUGAACUAAAGAGUCUUCUUGGGAAAUCUGACUUACCGGAAUCGAAACUGAGUGAUAUUGUGGACUCGGCAGAUGCCGACAGGGAUCAGCGAAUUACUUAUGAUGAAUUUGUGCGGCAGGUUAUUUCUGAGGACGACAAGGUUCUUACACGACUGCGUAUUGAUAAACGUAUCCUUAAUCGUGCAGUACUAGCAGUGGCACCGGAUUGUGGCCGAAAUCACCAACGAGCUGUUGCUCUGGAUUCUGGGUACGAUGAUAUUGAUGGCUACAACUGGGGUGAAGCGGAUGUUGAUAACUAUGUGGAGGCGUAUGACUGUCGACCGCCUCCUAUAUUCAUUCCACUAAUAACUAUUGCAGAGAUUGCGGUUUUCAUGUACUAUGCUAUAAUUCACUAUACCGACUCCGACCCAUCGAAUGAUGUAACAGCAUCAUCUGGUGUCCCGUUUAACAGCAUACUUAUUUAUAAUCCAGUCAAACGCCAUGAGGCCUGGCGGUUCUUAACCUAUAUGUUCAUUCACAGUGGUUAUAUGCAUCUAAUCUUCAAUUGCUUGUUACAAGUUGUCCUUGGCCUUUUACUCGAGUUGGUGCAUAAAUUUUGGCGGGUUGGUUUGGUGUAUCUGCUAGGUGUCAUUACAGGUUCUUUAGCUCAUUCUGUUAGUGAUCCUUAUGUCUUACUGGCUGGAGCUAGUGGAGGGUGCUAUGCACUUAUUGGCGCACAUUUGGCUACUGUAAUAAUGAACUGGAAUUUAAUGCAAGAAGGAUGGCUUAAGGAUCCUUUAAACUUUGUAUCUAGUGGUGUCGUGAGACUUAUUCUAAUCAUACUAUUAGGUGGUGGUGAUACAGGAUUAGCUAUUUAUGCCCGAUUUACAAAUCCGAAUCAGCAAACGCGCGUUGGAUUUUCGGCUCAUUUAGGAGGUUUUGUUGCAGGUCUUCUUCUAGGUAUAGUUGUUUUGCGUAAUUUAAAAAUUGAAAAGUGGGAGAAAGUUUGCUUCUGGAUCAGCAUUGUCGUCUAUAUGUGUUUCACCAUUGGUGCCAUAUUGUUUAAUAUUUAUUGUGUGAAAAUUGAUAAAUGCCCUGCUUCCGUAUGGGCUACCUAGACGCCAGUCAGUCUCUUACGACAAUUCACUGAUGUAUUAUUUCAUCUACACAAUGUAAUCUAAAAGGCUGUCAAACAAGACAACUUUUAAUUACUUAUACAGUAAGCAUAUAUGUGCUUGUGCCUAAAUUUUUCGAUUUAUUUAUUUUCUGACAUUUUUGUUUUGAAUUUUGGAACUUCUCAUUUUCUUUUUUUAUUGAUUUUAUAAGCAACUUUGAUGAUCAUAAUAGUAGUAAUAAUAAUAGGAUUAAAUAUUAUUAUCAUAUUCAUUUAUCCAUGUUGCUUUUUUAUUACAACUAUGUUAUACUGUUAUACCACAAACUCUCUGUCCUGGCUUUAUUCUUGUGAAAACGAAUCUCUUCCUCUCACUUCUUCUCAUCAUGAGGAUUCACCUAUUUCUGCAUUACAUAUUUUGAUUUGAAUAUAUAUAUAUAUAUAUAUAUAUUCAUCAGGUAAAAUUAUACAGAUGCACAUAUCUUGCUUUGUGACAUUUGUAAAACUUUAUUACCAGAAAGUAUCAAAUUUUCAGUCCAAUAGACUUACUUCUCGAGUGAAUUUAUGAGAACGAGUGCACAAUCCUUAGUGAAUGCAUCAUUUCCGAUGGAAUUUCGCCCCAAAAUGUACAUGCGAACUGUGAAAAAGGCUACUUUCAGUUGAAAAGGGAAAAAUCACAGUUUUUUCUUAUCUCUCGAUUCUAGUCGUUGUGCACUAACCUUUUUCUGGUUUUUAAUUAAAUCUACCCUAAAUAAUCAUUCUCUAUUCACAUUGACAGAGAUGUGCUGUUUCUGUUUACAGUAUUUUUAUUGUCUACAGUAUUUGCGUAAUUAGUGUUAUCUUUUUUCAUUAUCUAAUGAAGAACACAAGGUAUGACUAUGCGUCUGAUUACUGUGUGGGCGGGCAUAGCUUGAAUGUCUACGUACGUGUGUGUAUGUUUUGGUAUUUUUAUAUACGUUUCAAUGUGUGCGCGGUGAUUUUUAUCUGUAAAAAAUCACAAAAUAAUCAAGAGAGAGAAAUAUAGAUGAAAUUUAAUUGUAUUGUCGUUUUGCUUUGUUUGUACUGUAACAGAGCAUACUUUUUUCUCUUAUUGAUCACGUUUAACUAUGGUUUUCCGUUAUUGUUUGUGCCAGCAAGCAAUAUACUGAUUCUACCAUCUAAAUCUGAGUACUUGUCGUAAUGAUAAUUUAUACCUUUCAAUACAUUUUUUCGAUUAUUGAAUAAGAUAAUAAACAACAAUAA